AUGUCGCCUCGACCAGCUGUCAAACUUGACACACCGGUAACCUACCGGCUCUACCUCAGCCACAGACUACCCCCGAGCAAGAAGGGCGGCUUCGUGGGCCCGAUAUGUGCCUGCCGAACAGCAAAGACGAUCCAGGUCCCCAAGUCGCAGCAGCGGUUGGUCCUCCGACAGACCAUAGCGAAGGCAGCAAGCCUGGAGGUCGCGAGACAUCAUGCUCUCCCGCUGGAUAGCUUCACUGUGGCGAUAGACCGUGCGAUUAUGCUGUUCCGGCGCGGAUGUGCGGCGAAAGACCAAAAUCUGCCAGGGGUAGAUAUACGGAGCGAGGACUCGUGGUCUGACGCGGAGGAGGCAAUUCAGUUCUGGAGCCACCACGGCCUCGCCGUGCCCGUUUGGAUCGAGUUCUACGUCAAAUCACCGCCGGACCGCGGUCACUCGUUCGCCUUGCCCAGCAAGGCGGUCCCGCCGAGAGGGAACGAGAUUGCUAUCCACCAGGCUCUCGCCAACGAAGAAACCCAGAUCCCCAGACUUCGCGACACUUCAUCCACUGCUUCAAGUACGGUCAUUGCAAGCGGCUCGACGACGUCUGAGAGCAGUCGCGGGUCGUCUGGGUCGGACGAUGAGAUGUGA